UUCACAUGGUGGCAAUUAAUGCCCUAAAUAUUUAUAGCUGAAUAGGGAAUUUCUCACCCAUCCAGAAACCCUAAUUGGCAAUAACAGCAGCAGUGAAAAAGGUUUGAAGACUGUGAGUGUGCGUCUCAGGGAAGAAGACGAAGAAGAAGGAGAAGAGAGGCCAUGAAAGCUUGGAGGCAUUUAGGGUUGGUGGAGACCAUCUAUGAGGAAGAACAUGAAGAUUCUUCCACCUCUACCCCUUCGCUCUCUCUCUCAAUAUCCUCUCCUCCUACACCUCUCCAUGCCAGAGUGGAGGCAUGGGCACUGGCCACAGGGUGUGAAACUGAUGUCUUGAUACAUGUUCAGGGUUUAUGUUUCCAACUGCACAAGGAUCCCCUCGCGUCAAGAAGCGCUUACCUGAAACGGGAGCUAACGGGCGUCGCCGAAUUAAACCUCUCCCCGCCGUUAAACAUAACGGCCGAAACGUUCACUCUCGUAAUCGACUUCUGUUACGGCACCGACCCGGUGAUAACGCCUUUCAACGUCGGGGCUCUGAGAACGGCGGCGUCGCUGCUGGAGAUGGCGGAGACGAACGGAGACGGUGUCGAGAACUUACAGCAGUUAGCGGAAACUUACUUCUGUAGUGCGGUGGCUGUGAACCGAGAGUACGCGUCGAUAAUUUUCCGAUCGUGCCUGCAACUGCUUCCAGAAGCAGAAGAAACGGCGUUACUUGUCAGUAGAUGUAUUGAGGCGCUGAGUUCGAUGGAAAACGGGGAUGCCUUCCUGAGCUCUGUUGACGACGUUAAGACGGUGGGAAUAGAGGAUUUUCAAGUAGUUGCCGAUUCAAUGCAUUGUCGGUUAACUCGGAGUCACGACAUCCUGUAUAAAAUUGUCGAUCUCUAUGUUAAGGAGCACAAUGAGAACAUGAGCGAGGAACAGAAAAAUCGAAUUUGCAAUGCAGUAAACUGCAACAAGCUGUCACCUGAGCUCCUCAUGCAUGUAGUGCAGAACCCUAGAAUGCCAUUGAGAUUUAUAAUCCGAGCCAUGUUGGUGGAGCAGUUCAACACCCGCUCCAUUUUCUCCACCACCGCCCAACAGCAACCGCCACCGCCACCGCCACCGCUACCUCAUCCCCGGCAUCACGUCAGAGGCGACCGUGGCUCCAUCACCCUCGGUGGAAUCCUGCAGCGAGAUGCAGCCCUUCGCCAGGUUGCCCAACUCAAAGACAUAAUGGGGGCCACAGUCACAAGAAUCAAAAGCUUGGAGGAAGAUCUCACGGCCAUGAAGAAGACUCUGGAAGAGUCUGAGAAGCAGGCGAAUGCAUUGGGCUCGGUCCGGUCCGCGAGUUUCCGUUUGAGCUCAACCAAUAAGAUAGAAAGAGGGGAAAGGGGAUCCAUUUCUUCUGCAAGCUUUAGGUUUAGACUCAAAGGGGAGACCACGGUGGAUGGAGUACUGUCUCCUCUAUCGGAAGGGCUCUUCAAUGAAACUCCAACUCCAAGAACUAAGAAGAAUCUCGGUGCAAGGCUGAUGAAGGGAUUAAAAAGCGCAUUUCGGGUAUCUACUAAUACUUCUGCAUCAAAAGGCAACGACAUUGAUGGUAAAACAUCAAGCGGGAUGGAUGGAGAUGGAGCAGGAGAUGAUGAAGAAGUUGGAAACGAACAAGUAAUUGUUAUGAAAGAGAGUCCACCUUCUCACAGGAGGAGCAGGUCCUUAGUGUAAAACACAGAUUUUCUAUAUGUAGGUGUGAUAAGUUGAUCUUA